AAACGCACUCUUAAGUCGAGGUUGUCUUUGUCAGAGAUAUGCUCGUUUUGAAUAAGUAUUUGGCGAUCUUUCGUCUGAGCGUCGUCAGACGUGGACUGCUCCUAUCGCCAUUUUGCCGGAAGUCCGGAAGUAGAACUUAUCAAACUAGUAAACAUUGGCAACACCAGGACUACCAACUGACACUAGUGGUCCAGCUCCGAAGAAUAAGCAUCUCACAGCGAUGUCUUUGUCCUUUGAGGGAAGAGUUGUGCUCGUCACAGGCGCCGGAGGAGGCCUUGGAAAAGAAUAUGCAUUGGCUUUUGCAGAAAGAGGUGCCUCUGUUAUAGUGAAUGACCUUGGGGCAGACACUAAAGGGGGCGGUAAGAGUUCUGCGGCUGCUGAUAAGGUUGUGGAGGAGAUAAGAGCCAAGGGAGGCAAGGCAGUGGCCAACUACGACUCUGUAGAAGAUGGAGAGAAGCUCAUUCAAGCAGCUCUGGAUGCUUUUGGAAGAAUAGAUGUUGUUGUAAACAAUGCUGGGAUACUCCGAGACCGGUCAUUUGCCAGGACAAGUGAUUUGGACUGGGACCUUAUUCACAGAGUUCACCUGCGAGGCUCGUUUUUAGUGACGCGUGCUGCCUGGAACCAUAUGAAAAAACAAAAAUUCGGCAGAAUCAUCAUGACGGCUUCGGCUGCAGGCAUCUACGGCAACUUCGGCCAAGCCAACUACAGCGCCGCCAAGCUGGGCUUAGUGGGCCUGUCAAACACCCUGGCCAUCGAGGGCAGCAAGUACAACAUCCACUGCAACACCAUCGCUCCUGUUGCCGGGUCGCGGCUCACCGAAUCGGUCAUGCCUCCUGAUCUCGUGGCGGCGCUGAAGCCGGAGUACGUGGCUCCCAUGGUGCUCUGGCUCUGUCAUGAACAAUGCCAAGAAAACGGAGGACUCUUUGAGGUUGGCGCAGGCUGGAUUGGCAAAUUGCGCUGGGAGAGAACACAGGGCUGCACCACCAGACAGAAGAACCAGACCAUGACUCCCGAGGCUGUCAGGGACCAGUGGGACCAAGUUUGUGAUUUUACUCACUCCACCAAGCUGACUACAGUGCAAGAAUCUCUCCAGUCCAUGAUGACGGUGCUGUCUAAGGUUGAGUCGGGGCACGAUGCUGGCGCCGGCCCAACUGCCGGUCCUGCUGCUGCGGCAUCCUCCAGCUCUGGCAUCAAUCCUAUGUUAGCAGUGGGACAAAAACUUCCUCAGACUACGUUCAGCUUCUCACACAUGCAAUGCAUCCUGUACGCGCUGGGCGUGGGCAUGUCCACCAAGGACCCCGACCACCUCAGGUUCCUGUACGAAGGCCACCCAGAUUUUAGCUGCCUCCCCACCUUCGGGGUCAUUCCCUCUCAGGCGGCCAUGAUGAGCGGCGGCCUGAGCACAGUGCCUGGACUUGACAUUGACGUCACACAGGUGUUGCAUGGCGAACAUUACCUGGAGCUCUACAAACCUCUUCCUACUUCUGGAAUACUGACCUCGGAAGCGUCCAUCGCUGAUGUGCUGGAUAAAGGUUCCGGAGCUCUCAUCCUCCUGGAUGUGAACACCUACAGCGGCGACGUGCUCAUCUGCUUCAACCAGUUUUCGGUGUUUGUAGUCGGCGCUGGAGGCUUUGGAGGCAAAAGAGCGUCUGAGAAAGCCAAGGCUGUGGUGCAGCCACCGCAGCGGGCGCCAGAUGCAGUGCUGGUGGAUUCCACCACCAGAGACCAGGCUGCCUUGUACCGCCUGAGCGGCGACUGGAACCCCCUCCACAUUGACCCCAGCUUUGCCGCCAUGGGAGGCUUCCAGGCGCCCAUCCUGCACGGUUUGUGUUCGUUUGGCUUUGCAGCGAGACAUGUCCUCAAGCAGUUUGCUGACAACGACCCCGCCAGGUUCAAGGCCAUCAAGGUGCGCUUUGUGAAGCCAGUGAUGCCUGGUCAGUGCCUACAGACUGAGAUGUGGAAGGAAGGCAACAGAGUUCACAUCCAGAGUAAAGUGAAGGAGACGGGCGCUGUUGUGCUAGCAGGCGCUUAUGUGGAUCUACAUGAAACGGCGGAGGUGUCGGCCGGUGUUCCUCAGGGCGGCCUUCAGAGCGAGCUGGUGUUUGCCGAGAUCGGACGUCGGAUAAAGGAGUCUGGCGGCGAGCUGGUCAAGAAGGUCAACGCCGUCUUUGGCUGGGAGAUCACCAAAGACGGCAAGAAUGCCGCAGAGUGGACUAUCGAUUUAAAGAACGGGAGUGGCGCCCUGCAUCCCGGUCCCAACGGCGGCAAGGCGGACGUCACCUUCACCGUGUCAGAUGAGGACUUUAUGGACGUGGUGCUGGGAAAAGUCAACCCUCAGAAGGCCUUCUUUUCUGGGAAACUUAAGAUUCGAGGAAAUGUCAUGCUGAGUCAAAAGCUGGAGGUUAUCCUGAAGGAUCAUGCCAGGCUGUGAGCGACCGCCUCUCCAGGAUGGAAUGCACGUGGCUGGAUAGAGGAUAGUCCACUCAUCGAAAGAAUGAAUGAAUGAAAGUAAUGUCCGGAAUGUGAUUGCUGUGCUUAACUUUAUGCUCAUUUUGAAUGCAUCUGUCCCCAUUAAAAAAAAAAGUCACAAUGACAUAAAAACUGUAUUGAUGAACUGAAACUGUACAGAAAAAUUAUUUUCCAAUUCACUAAAUAAACAAACUAAUUUUUUAUGUUGACUUCAUUGAUAAAGGGGAAACUCCUCCACCGUAAGAGUGGGAAAUUAGGAAUGAAACAUUAAUUCAUCCCCCCCAAAAUUAUUAUUUUUUUAAAUCAUACAAUGUGACGAAACAAAUCAAUUUUCUGCAUUCUAUAUUUUAUUCUGCAUAAUUUAUUUUAAUGAUACAAUUCGUACUGCAUUGUAAAAUGGAAUCACAAUUCACAGUUGUAAGAACAAAGAUUAAAUGGAAGCUUGUUUCCAAAAAGAAAAGUCAAGCUGUUUGCUUGGAUAGAAAUUGAUUAUCUCUCUCUCCAUCCUCUUGUAGAAGCAGCACACAGUUGUUGCCUUUGAUAAAAUUCAUUUUUGAUGGGUUUACCAGUCCUUUUUCCACAUACACUCUCCAGAGGCAAGGGGGAAAAAACAAAUUGCACAGUGAUUGUUUAGGCCUGAAUCACCAAACAAAGAGAAAAACAGCCAUGUGCCUUUUCCUACCAAUACAAGUUUCAUAAAUAAAUGUACACAAUUCUUCAGCAAGUGGCUGACCCGCUCUUCUCUUACUAGAAAGUACAACUACUCUAUGACUCCUCUUUCUACUUUAUACAAAACAUACUCCCUCCUGUAGAGAUACAAUAAAAAGAAAAACACGGACAACAAGCUUGAACACGUCCAAUCGUAGCGUUAUGAUUAUUUAAAUUGUAAUAUGACAGUUCAAUAUUGUGAGGAAUAACGUUACAAUUUUACAAGUCACAUUUUGUAAUCUUAGGAGAAUUAGGCUGUAAUAUGAUAAAGAAGGAAUACAAUAAUAUGAUAAUAUUGAUAUAUUAUGAGAAUAAAGUCAAUUUUAGGAGGAAAAAACAUUUCUAUGAAAAUAAUCAUAAAAUAAUUUGGUUUUUAAUCAACUUUUUCUUCACAAUAUUACCAAAUACCUUUCUAAUAUUAUAUCUGGUUUCACUGAAAUUGUGACCUUGAAAAUGACUUUCCUCGACAUGAAUUUAUGCAAACCUGUGUCAUUCUGGCAAAAUGACAACUGUAAUCUCAGAAAAACGUAUUAUUUUCUUGUAAUAUUAGCACCUUAUUUUCGUAAAAUGAUGAUUUUUUUUGUUCGUCAUAACAUGAAUUUAUUUUUGCCAAAUCAGGACUUUGUCCUCGUAAUAUUAUGACCAUAUGUUUUGGUUUUUAAAUAAUAAUGACUAUAUA